AUGAAGCCAUCAACGGACAAAAUCCAGGACGAUUCCAACAGAAAUCCCACAAACAGUGCCACCCCUUCACAAAGAAGAAAACCACCAAAACUCAGACCUCCAAAGCUGAAUAGACCUUCUGCCCCAGAAGACGAACGUUCCAAACAAAGUGAACAACACUUAGAGCGAACAGGGUCCGAAUCAACACAGUACCUCCCAAAUAGCGUCACCCAGUCUCAAAGCCAGGACAGCCAAAGCUAUGACGAAACAUCGAGUAUAGCCUCGGAAUCACAAUCAUCUCCACAACCACAACAACAGCCAACAAUAAAACGAAGAACUCGCCGGGAGUCCGUUCAACCUGCCGAGCCAGAUGAAAAACAAUUCCAAGUCGUCGAGCGUGAACAAAGAUCUCUCUCUGGUCCGGAUAUGAUGCAGCCAAUUCAGAGUAUUGAGACAAGAAAUCAAGAGGUUGCGGCUCCUCUAAGACCUCGAGGUGCCGGCCAGUCCCAGGCAAUGGUUCCGAGGACGGGGGGUGCACAGGCUGGGGAGAUGGUGGAGACGACUGAAACUGUGGUGGGUGCGCCCAGCGAGGAUAAGGGGGCUUUGAAGCUAAGGCUGGAUCUUAAUCUUGAUGUUGAGAUUGAGUUGAAGGCUAAGAUUAGGGGAGAUUUGACCUUGUCGCUCUUGUAA